AAAAAAUUCGGAAAUCUCAACGGUUAACCAAUUCACACCCAGAAAUCUCUUCUUCUCAGAGAAAACCCAAAAAAACCAAACACCAAAUCCAAACUCAUUGAAUCUCUCUCUAUCUCCUCUACAACCCACAAUCCCAAACUAGGGUUAGGGUUUUCAAAAUGGGGAAAGAAGGAGCUCUUAGCGAUGGCGUAUUGAAGAAGAUCAUACUAUCCUACACCUACGUCUUCAUAUGGAUCUUCCUCAGCUUCACUGUCAUCGUCUACAACAAGUACAUCCUCGAUCGCAAGAUGUACAAUUGGCCAUUCCCAAUCUCCCUCACCAUGAUCCACAUGGGUUUCUGUUCUUCCCUCGCCUAUCUCCUCAUCCGCGUCUUCAAUCUCGUCGAACCAGUCUCCAUGUCUCGCGAGCUCUUCUUCACCUCCGUCGUCCCAAUCGGAGCUCUCUAUUCAUUCAGUCUCUGGUUCUCCAAUUCCGCCUAUAUUUAUCUCUCUGUAUCAUUCAUUCAAAUGCUCAAAGCCCUAAUGCCCGUGGCGGUGUAUUCAAUCGGGGUUCUAUUGAAGAAAGACAAUUUCAAGUCCGAUACAAUGGCGAACAUGGUUUCGAUCUCGAUCGGGGUCGCGAUCGCUGCUUAUGGCGAGGCUAGAUUCGAUGUCUGGGGAGUGGUUCUUCAGCUUGGGGCUGUGGCGUUUGAAGCGACUCGAUUGGUGAUGAUCCAGAUUCUCUUGACUUCAAAGGGUAUUUCUUUGAAUCCAAUCACUUCUCUAUAUUAUGUUGCACCGUGUUGCUUGGUUUUCUUGUUUGUGCCAUGGAUUUUUGUGGAAUUUCCAUUGUUGAGGGAGACAUCGAGCUUUCAUUUGGAUUAUUUGAUCUUUGGGACCAAUUCGGUUUGUGCUUUCGCGCUGAAUUUAGCGGUGUUUUUGCUUGUUGGGAAGACGUCGGCGUUGACUAUGAAUGUGGCUGGGGUUGUGAAGGAUUGGUUGUUGAUUGCGUUUUCGUGGUCGGUGAUUAAGGACACCGUGACGCCUGUGAAUUUGGUUGGAUAUGGAGUUGCGUUCUUGGGUGUUGCGUAUUAUAAUCAUUCGAAGUUGCAGGCUCUUAAGGCGAAGGAGGCGCUGAAGAGGGUGGCGCAGCCGGAUGAGGAUAAGGAGGCUGGGAGGUUGUUGGAGGAGAGAGAAGGGGAAGGUGGCAGGAGGAAGAACGAGUCCCAGACUUGACUUGUUAGCCAAUUUGAAUUGAACAAAACGUUCACAGAAUCUGAUCACAGAACUGGACUUAUGUGAUCCGAUUCUAUGCACAUAGAAGAAUUGAAUUGAGUUUUUUUAUCACAAGAUGGGAAGGAAUUAAAGAUGAAAUGAGGGGUUUCAACAACCAAUGGGAGAUGAAAAACCUAACAUUUGGAUUCAAUUGCUCUUGAAGUUUUGUUUUGGGUAUGCCGCCUUAGGAAUUUUUAUAUUUAUUAUUGUUUUGUUUUGUUUGAUGUUCAUGUUGUUCAUUGUCACUUCAUGCUAUUGGGUUUUGAGGUCAAUGUCUAUGUGGUGCCAAUUCAUGUUUGUGACUAGAGAAAGAUUUUUUAGAGUUCUUUGUUUUCUCUUUUGAUAAAUUAUGCAUGAUGAGUUCAAACUCAUUUUUUUGGAGGAUGAAUACUGAUUCUUAUCUAUCUAUUGUUCACUUGAGUAACUAUUUUAUUGUU